AUGGCAGGCUUAAUCCAGAACAGUCUACCAGUAUUCGACGGGAAAAACUUUGAAGAUUGGUGCGUCAAGAUGGACGCAAUCCUCGGGUUUCAGGAGAUUGAUGAAAUUGCCAAGGUCGGAUUCAAAGAACCUGCAAAGAACGAUACAGAAGAAACCAAGAAGGCGUAUAAAGAGAAUAAGAAGUUGGACUGUAAGGCACGCAUGAUUUUACAUCAAUGCAUUUCGGCAACGAUAUUCCAGAAAGUAUCUAAGGCUACUACGGCUAAAGAGACAUGGGAAAUUUUACAAGAUGGGUAUGGAUCUGCGGGAAACGUGAAGGAGAUCAGACUUCAAUCACUACGACGUCAAUAUGAACUACUGAAAAUGGAAGAACAAGAAACUGUUGAUGGGUACAUAGGCAGAAUCCAGAUGGUUGUUAACGCAAUGCGUGCGUGCGACAAGGUUGUCAAGGACAAGAAGAUUGUCCACAAAAUUCUAAGAACCUUAACGCCUCAAUACGAUCACAUCGUCGUCGCCAUUAUGGAAAACAGAGAUUUGGAAAAAUUAAAGAUUGAAGAGUUACAAAACUCUCUUGAAAUCCACGAACAGCGAUUGCUAGAGAGAAAGACUGCAGAACAAGAUGCAGUACAGAACAUCAAUCAGGCGUUGCAAGCCAAGACUCAAAGGGGUCGUGGAACCGACAGAGGAAGAGGCAGAAGAGGUGGUCGUGGAGGCAAGUUUGGCCACUAUUCAUCUGAAUGUUGGCACAACGAGAACGCCAAGAAAGGAACGAAUGAAGAGGCGAAUCUGGUCAAGGAAGAAUUAGAAUCUGAUUCUGAUAAUGUGCUGUUAAUGACAAUUUCAGGAAACAAUGAUAAAGAAAGAACUGUGCAGAAUAGACACGUUCAAAGAAGAAACAGUGUUGGUGACGAGUGUGCAGAGAAGGUAGGUGAGACAGAAUACGUGUCACUUGCUGGGCAAACACUCCAUGCAAAGGAAGAAGACACAACGUGGUACUUGGACACGGGUUGCUCCAACCACAUGACAGGUAAUAGAAAAUGGUUGCUUGAUUUAGACACCAGUGUGAAAGGCACAAUACGUUUCGCAGAUAAUAGAUAUAUUAGAACUGAAGGGUCAGGCAAGGUUAUGAUCACUCGGAAAAAUGGCAGACCAGUGUUUAUACACAAUGUGUGGUAUGUGCCCACUAUAAAGAAUAAUCUCCUCAGUCUCGGUUAG